AUGGCACCACAAACCAAUGGGGUUACAGAGUCUCUGUACUUUCCACCUAUAGAUAAUCCAGCAGCGAGAGACGUAUCGUACUACACUCCCGCCCAAGAACCUGUCUCCGGCACUGCGAUCAGCACAACAACAGGAGCCCCUAUCCCCAAGCUUUUCACGCCCCUUACUGUCCGAGGCCUUACCUUCCAAAACCGACUUUUCCUGGCGCCGCUUUGCCAGUACUCUGCCAAAGAUGGAUAUGCAACGGACUGGCAUCUAACGCAUCUGGGUGGGAUCAUUCAACGUGGUCCUGGGCUUGCCAUUAUGGAGUCGACAGCCGUUCAGAGAGAAGGACGCAUCACUCCCCAGGACAUUGGGUUAUGGGAAGACGGCCAGAUUGAGCCUCUGCGACGUAUUAUCGAGUUCGCUCAUAGCCAGGGACAGAAAAUUGGUAUUCAACUUAGCCACGCAGGGCGAAAAUCUAGCACCGUGGCACCGUUCUUGCACAUGAACGCUACAGCGAGUACAGAUGUUGGUGGCUGGCCCAACGAGGUAUAUGCUCCUUCGGUCUUGCGGUUCAACGACGCCUACCCGCAGCCCAAGGCAAUGACGCUGGUCCAAAUCCAGCAGUUCAAGACAGCGUUUGUGGACGCGGCAAAGAGGGCAGUUAAGGCUGGCUUCGAUGUGGUCGAGAUUCACGCUGCUCAUGGAUAUCUCAUCCACCAAUUCCUGAGUCCUAUCAGCAACCAACGCACGGAUGAUUAUGGUGGAAGUUGGGAGAACCGCACGAGGCUGGUUCUUGAGAUUACAGAUCUGGUACGGGCUGCAAUCCCUGAAGAAAUGCCUCUGUUUGUGCGGAUUAGUGCCACAGACUGGUUCGAUAACAUGAAGGAGGAAUUUCCAGAGAGCUGGACGGUCGCCGACUCUUGCAAACUGGCUCCUAUCUUGGCUGAGAAAGGUGUUGAUUUUCUCGAUGUCAGUUCUGGAGGCAUCCACCCGCUUCAGUCUACAAGCAUCAAAUCUGGACCCGGAUACCAAGCGCCUUUCGCGAAGGAGAUCAAGAAGGCAGUUGGAGAUAAGAUGACUGUGUCCGCUGUAGGUGGCAUCAGCACUGGAGCGAUGGCAGAAGGUUUUCUUCAGACUGGUCUUGACGUGAUCAUGUGUGGUCGAUGGUUUCAGAAGAACCCGGGCUUGGUAUACGCCUACGCCGACGAGCUAGGGGUGAAUGUCAAAAUGGCAAACCAAAUCGGAUGGGGAUUUGGUGGCCGCGGAAAGGGAAGAAAAUGA